AUGGAGAAUAUUCUGCUGGGUCCGCAAGAGGGAAAUGCUAGUAAUAAUGUGCCAGAAGCAGGUGCUGCACAGGAGGACGUCCGGCUGCUCCAGCUGCUUAUGCAGCAACUCAUGGCCAUCGUGAUCGAGGUCACGGUCGCACUCGCUGACGCCUCUGUCGGGAACGUGGACGUGGACGAGUUGGCCCCAUCAUUAGGCUACCAGCCAAUAGGAGAGAAAGACCCAGUAGUGUUACUUGAUAAGUUUGUCAUGCCAAUUGAACUUCAAAAUAAUUUUAAAUGGAAGAAGUUGAGCUCUAAAAUUGUUCUGGAUAGUAUACAUAACGAGUGUGAAGAAAGAGUUUACGAUUUUGGGAAUGGCGAAGAGUUGUCUACUGUUGGUGGUGUAGAGACUUUUGGUGAAAUGGAGGCAGCUGCGUGUCCCAGCAUCCAGCUGAAACGGAAGCCUGACAAAUGUGGCCGCUGCAGUUACACAACUGCCAACCCACAACAGCUGAUGCAACAUUUCCAAACCAACCAUGCCGACCAGUACCCGUUCGUUUGUGAUUUCUGCGAUUUCCGAUGCUUGGAACGAAAAACGCUCAACUUGCACACGCGGACGGAACACGCAGGCGAAAAACGCUUCAGCUGCGAGUUUUGCGACUACAAAGCGGUACGACUGAUCUACUUGAAGCGACACGUGGUCGUGCAUUCCGACGAAAAGCGGUUCAGCUGUGAGUUUUGUGAUUUCAAGACCCGCUACCAUAGCAACCUACGGACCCAUCUGCGGAACCAUACCGAUGAAAAGCCUUACAGAUGUGAGUUGUGUGAAUACAGCUCGCGGUUUCUGAGCAACCUGAAAACGCAUCAGAGGACACACACUGGUGAUAAACUGUUCAGUUGCGAUCAUUGUGAUUAUAAAACCUCGUUCUCAGGUAACCUGAAGAAGCAUGUCAAGAGCCACAAAUGA